ACGUCACAUUCAAUGCGUUCAAUUCGACGUUUCGGUUGCACAUGAAGCACGUGCAUGGUCUAAUAGCUCCAUACACGCCUGUGCUGGUCCGAGAGGGUCCGCAUGGCGACCAUGUUCGCUCGUGGUCCGGGGCCAUUCCAGAUUGUUACCUUGAAGGGUCUACGGAUAACCGCGGUGUGGUGUCACUAGCGUAUUGUAAAGGCCUGACUGGUACUUUGACCGAAGGCAGAACGUUAUAUCGUUUCGAUACAGUCAGUGACCAUGACAGCGAAGAGUCAGUUCUCGUCUCCAAGGGAAUGAUGUCGCAUAGUCUUCUUGAACCAAUCGCUAGCCCUCCACUCCAAACUCACGAGGACCUUGAGCAUUCUCGUGCAAAGCGUGCUAUUCCGAACACGAUUUUCACGACGGAACUGGGCGUGUUCGUUGACGCAGCGACUUUCACAUCGCUGCAGUCAAACUACCACGCCAGCAGCACUGCAGACAAGGUCUACAUGAUUGGGAUUAGACUAAACGCGGCGCAAGCACUGUUCAACUACAUGCAACAAGAUCUUGGCUACACGGCAAAAAUGCAGGUCAAGAGCGUCGAGUUGUGGGAGACUAAUCCAGCGUGGUAUGUCCUCAAGCCUGACAGCAUCACUGAGACGCGUUCCUCGUUCUGCACCGGAACCAAAGACCGAAACGAUUUACUUGCAGUCGACUACAACAUUCUCUUUGCUGGAGGUAAUGACAUGAUAGGGUUUGGCUCAAUUUCGGGCCAGUGUGUAAAAGGGGCAUGCGCCGUCGACUUCGACUUGAACUUCUAUUCUGGCUAUAUCACUGCACACGAGCUGGGGCAUUCGCUGGGUAUGCACCACGACGCCGAUAAAGGCUGCUUCAGGCCGGAUUCAGGCAUAAUGGAGGCCGAUGGGAAUUAUGCCGAUAAAUGGGCCUCCUGCAAUAAGGUUGACUUGGAGACAUUCCUUGCUACAUCAACUGCCGCGUGUCUGUUCGUAGAGAAUGUGUUGAGCAACCAGGUGGAUGUUCUCUUACAAAACAUACAGCUUGUUGGUCUUUUGCCAGGGUUUCAGAUGACACAAGACGAAUACUGUGAGAAGAUGUACGGAACCAACUGGAUAUAUAGAGAAUGGCACUCAAACGACUGGGGUGUUUGCAAAUGGCAUAGUUGUCUGAAUCUAAACUCGGGUCUGGCCUUCGGCGAGCUGAGCGAAGACACAAGCGAUAUCCCGGGGCGGAUCUGUAGCGAGGGUCACGUGUGCUCGGGCGGCUGUGUCACGUGGGAUAGCGUUCGACUGAACACGUCGGGAAUGACGGUUGUCCCCGGGGGGUGGAGCGAGUGGGGAGCGGCGUCCGCAUGCUCUAGAUCGUGUGGUACCGGAACAAUCAUCCGACGGCGUACGUGUACCAAUCCUCGGCCGCAGUAUUCACCUACGUGCCCGGGAUUAUCUUUCAAGGCAAUAUUGUGUAACACAGAGCCUUGUUCUUCUGACCCCUCGACCAAAAGCGAACUGAUAGUUAAAAGGGCUGGGGAAGUGUGUUCGAAUCUUAUUACCGCCGGUCGCCUGGGCGCGGACAAAUACACAGGCACAGGGAAAGCUUUUGUGUCUUCGGGGAAUGCUCAGUGCGAAGCAGAGUGCACUCUGGUUCCCGCUUUACAAGGGUCGAUCACCUGGGGCACCGUGCGUUACGCCAUACUUCCGGACGGCACGCCCUGCUCGGGGGCCGGAUCCUACGAAGACAUUAAAGGAUACCCACGUGGGACUGGGGUCACAUCGACGUGUGUUCAGGGAUAUUGCUUAGGUAUUGGUUGUGAUGGCAACGUCCCCGGGGCUGGCAUAGACAAGUGCGGAGUGUGUCAGGGUACAAACUCCACAUGCAUGAGUGUGGACGACAAAUUUUCCUCGGCGGUGGGAACCAAUGAUCGCGUAGAGCUCGCACAUCUUCCCAACGGCACCAAACUGAUACUGGUGUACUUUCCCUACCCCAACAUGCAAUCCUACUACGUCGAACUGUGGGACGCCAAAGGAGCUGCAAAGAUUUCUGCCCUAGUGAACGGCCAGUAUGACCUUUCCAAGAUCCCUGUGACGGUGGGCGGGGCGCAGUGGUAUUACUACUGGUGGGGUCAAUACCUGUACACGUUUGGCACUAUAACGGAGGACCUGUAUCUCAAGAUUGUGAACAAUGGGGCGUCUGUCAAUCAAGGAAUAACAUUUGGGUAUUCUAUGCCGCUAGCGACCACUGUAACAACCGUAACAACGACGUCAACAUCAACGACAGCACAAAGUACUACGUCAUCAACGACAGCACAAAGUACCACGUCAUCAACGACAGCACAAAGUACCACGUCAUCAACGACAGCACAAAGUUCCACGUCAUCAACGACAGCACAAAGUACCACGCAAUCAACGACAACACCAAGUACUUUGCCAUCAACGACAUCUCCAAGUACAACAUCAUCAACGACAGCACAAAGUACUACGUCAUCAACGACAACACCAAGUUCUACGCCAUCAACGACAACAACAACGACUACAACCACAACAGCUAGUACAACUUCAAUGCCAGCGUCCACUCUUACUUCUCUUGCUACAAGUUCGGCGACUCCUGUGCCACAACCAACUCUGACAUCAACAACAACGCAAGUAACACCAACCAGUGUCUCAACUACAACUAGAAAGUGCAACUGGGGAAUGAUAAUGUGCACAAAUGAACGCUGCAUCUAUUGGUACGAACUGUGCGAUGGACGGAACGAUUGUGGAGACAAUUCUGACGAAUUGCAAGACUAUUGCGUCACAUCUCGAGGUCACAAAGUGAUGUCAGUCCUGAAGGAUAUUUUUAUUUGUCUUGCGAUCAUAACUAUUUUAUGAGAUGAAACAACACGAGACUAUAAAGUAUAGUGUAAAAAAAGAUUACUUUGCUGUGUUUUGAUAAUUCAACUGUAUUUGAUAAAUGUGCUCAAUCACAAAAAUGUUUUAUACCAUGUCAAACUUAUUUGGACAUAUAUUUGUUAUUUGUUAUUGCAAGUUCAUGGAUAAUACAUUACACAUAAUGAAACAUGUACACAUACUACGGAACUAAUAAUGGCAUAUAACAUCACGUUGCAUGAACUAUGUUCCUUGAUUAAAUAUAUGUGUAUGUACAAUAAUGUUUUUUUAUAUCGUUCAAGAAAGCAUAUUAAGAUAAAUUAAAAAUGAAAAAAAUACCAUGCUUAUCAGGAUAUUGUAAUUAAACAUUGUUUUGCAAAUUUGAUUGAAUUGCAUCGCGCAGGUAAAACUAUUUAUUAAAAAAUAAAUUAAUCUCUCGGUUAAGUUGAAUGAUCGGCCAUAUCGCCCUAUGAAUUUUUGAGUAAAUGGCUUUGAAUUAUUCUAAUUUGUAGACAAGUUAACACGUUUUCAUUCAUAUAAUUCAGUCUGCAUCUAGACUGAACAUUUUGACAUAAAUCAUAUCUAAAGACGGUUAAAUAAGCCAUAUUGCCAUGAACAGUAACUGAAUAAUGGCCCGGGAGGUGUCCGCACAAUGCCUUUCUUAGCUGUUUCUCCUGCACACACGAUUUGAAUUAUUGAGCUAUGACAAUUGAUUUGAGUAUUGUGGAGGUUAUACUAUGUUUGCCAUGUUUGUUGAUUGAUCAAAUUACCCUAAUGAAUGUAUUAAUGAACGAGUUCUGCGUUAUUCUGUACAACCUGUGUUCAUCCAAACAGUCACACAAAUUAUAAUGAAUCUCUUUUGUUCUUAAAUAUAAAUGAAUCAUUCUUUGAGCUGCUGUUUUACGAACAUCUCAUACCACAAUAAUAUUUUAAUAAGGUCUUACAGUUCUCGCUGAUGCAUCGCGCUUGCGACGAUAACGUUUUCUCACAGGGAACUAUAGAUUUUAAAUAUUUAUUUUCUGCAUUUGGUUAAGCCAAAACCUGUUUAGCUUUCUUUAGCAAAACGUGUUCAUGGUGAGCAAUUGGUUAACCGUAAUGCCCGCA